CCGGAUUAGGCUUAAACCCUCAGCCCCCCUCAUUCCCAAUCUAGGGUUUUCCCCCAUGGCGUCGGCGUCGCGCUUCCUCCUCCUCUCCAGGCUCCCCGCCGCCGCCGCCUCCUCCACCUCCCGCCUCCUCCGCCCGCUCUCCGCCGCGGGGAGCCUCCUCCCGGCGGCGCUCGCCCCCUCCGCCCCGCGCGCGGCGGCGGCGGCGGCGAGGUGCUUCGCCACGCAGCCCGCGACCUCCUCGCUGCGGGACUCGUCGCCGAACUGGAGCAACCGGCCCCCCAAGGAGACGAUCCUCCUCGACGGGUGCGACUUCGAGCACUGGCUGGUCGUCGUGGAGCCGCCCCCCGGCGAUCCCUCCAACCCGGAGCCCACCCGCGACGAGAUUAUCGACGGCUACAUCAAAACCCUCGCACAGGUGGUUGGGAGUGAGGAAGAAGCAAGGCAUAAGAUCUACUCAGUGUCAACUCGGCAUUACUUUGCUUUUGGAGCUCUUGUAUCUGAGGAACUCUCCUACAAACUCAAAGAGUUGCCCAAGGUCCGCUGGGUUCUUCCAGACUCAUACCUGGAUGUCAGAAAUAAGGACUACGGAGGAGAACCUUUUAUAAAUGGGGAAGCCGUUCCUUAUGACCCUAAGUACCACGAGGAGUGGGUGAGAAACAAUGCGCGUGCCAAUGAAAGAAGCCGGCGCAAUGAUAGGCCUAGAAACUUUGACAGGUCAAGGAAUUUUGAGAGGAGAAGGGAGAACAUGCAGAACUUCCAGAACAGAGAUGUGCCUCCUGGCCAGGGAUUCAACAGCCCUCCCCCACCAGGUCAGGGCCCAGUCCCGCCUCGUGAUGCUCCUCCGAUGCACCAUGCUCAGGGUAAUGUUCCUCCACCUCCACCACCAAAUGCAGGUCCUCCAAACUACCAGCCCCAUGCACCAAAUCCGCAAGGCUAUACAAACUAUCAGCAGGGCGGUGCGCCUGGCUACCAAGGUGGACCCCCUGGCUAUCAAGGUAGCAACCAGGGCUACCAAGGUCCACCCCCACCCCCACCAUCUGCUUACCAAGGCAACAACCCUGGAUACCAGGGAGGAGGGCCAGGUUACCAGGGCGGCAACCCGCCUCCUUACCAAGGUGGCAACCCUGGCUAUGCACCAGGCUACCAUGGCCAAGGAGGCAACCCUAGCUACCAGCAAGGCGGCGAUAACUACAAUGCCGGUGUGCCGGCUUAUGAGAGGGACGGACAAGGGAGGAAUUACCAGUAGAACACUGCUAGAAUAAACGAUAUGUAGAAUCUAGUACGAGCGUAACUUCAUUUGUUUCCUGUUGUUAUCGCAUGUAUACUCUUAUGCUGCUUUGUGAACUCGGUUUCGUAUGUGUCGAGCAAUCACUUCAAUGUGUCUGGAACUAGCGGUUGUUUGAAGCACUUAAAACAUUAUAAAUGUUUGGUCAACUAGUGCAUUUUGUCCAAAUAAAUACACUGCUAACUGUGUUCUUGUACGGA